GAUUGAUGCUUUCUGCUGUCGUCAAAGAAAAGUUAAAAUUAUUAUUAAAUAUCUACGGUUUUGAAAGCUUGUUCGUAAAUUUAAUGAAAACAUUUAGUUGUAUUAUAUAGACCAAUCUUCAGAGGGUGGUAAGAUGUGGUACCUAACAUCGGAAAGUGAUAAAAGGGUCAUAUUUGUUUUGCCGGACAAAAAUAUCAUAAUUGGAAGGAGUGUGGACGCGCAAAAUUGCAAUUUUGCUAUACCAGAUGACCAAUCAAUUAGUAGAAAACAUGCUACUUUAUUUAUAUCAGAACGGGCUCUGUAUAUAAAAGACUUAGGUUCUAAGUAUGGAACUUAUGUCAAUAACUCUGAAAAAAUUGAAGAAAACGUUAUGUUAAAACUCAAUUCAACCGAUGUUGUCAAGUUUGGCAAAAUAGGUUCCAUUUGGAAAGUCCAGGAAAUAAAUUUUACCACAUGCACAUCCACAUUAAAAGGAGAAAAUUUACAAAACCUUAAAACACUAAUAACUUCAUUGGGAGGAACUCUAAAGGGCGAAUGGGAUGAUACAUGUGCAUAUUUAACAAUGCCUGCAAUAACAUUGACAAUUAAAGUAGUUUUGGCAUUAGUGCAGAACUCAAACAUUGUUACAGUUAAAUAUUGGAAUAAGUGCCUAGAAGCAGCCAUUAACAAUAACCCACUGCCAAAUGCAAGUGAUUAUACACCUCAAAUAUUAGAAUCCACACUCAACAAAGAAAAUGUGUCUUUUCUUCCGAAUAAAGAUAGGAGUUCUUUAUUUGCUGGAAAAACAGUGAUAUUCUUUUCUAGACGGCAAUUGGAGAUGUAUAAGAUGGUAUUGAUGAAGAGUUCUGCAACAGCUUUGCUAUUGAGCGAUACAAAAAUGACAAAGUCUGGUCUGUGUGAUAACAAUGUUAUUGUUAUUCAGUAUAAUUUGAAUUUUGCAGGUCAAGACACUCAGUCCCAAAAAGAUCAAAUUCAGGAAAUAUCUAACUAUCUUAAAAGUAAGGGGAAAAGGGUUGUGGCUGAUGCUGAAAUUGGCCUGGCUAUAUUAUUCUGUUCUACAAAGAAAUACUGUAAUCCUGAGUUUAAUUUCUCCUCUGAAGUUAUAAAACAGGUGCCCAAUCAAGAUAUUCAGAAAAACAUAUUGGCCCAAGAGUCUCAAGAACCUUCCCAGGCAAUAUAUAAGAAAGAAAAUGUGAUUAUUGAUGAAAGCUUGACAAUUAAACAUUCCUCAAAUGAUGACAGUAUUGGAGCUUCUAAAAGAAAGCUCAGCGAAGAUGAUGAUAGUGUUACAUCCAAUAUGAAAAAAAAACUGGCAAUUGAAACCACUGUCACAAUGCAAAAUAACUCUAACAAGAGAUGUGGUGAAGAUGUGAAUAAUUUGGAAAACAAACCAUCUAAGAAAAUGGCCCUUGGGAAUGAUGAUGAGGAUGAUAUGUUUAAUUUCUUAAAACCUGUUGCUAAAGAUUCAAAUGAAGUGAAUCAAAACAAGAAGUUAAACUUAUCAAAGCCAUUAAAGAGAAAGCAUAGUACAGAUAUGGAUGAAGAUGAGCUGUUUAAUUUUGUUGAUAAUGGCAACAAAAAAGCUGCUGUUGAAGCUAGCAGCAAUAUUUUAGAUCCUUAUGAUGAAGAUGAAGUCUGUCCAAUAAACAAACCCAAAACUGUAAUUGAUGAUAAAGUUGACAUAAAUAGCUUACGGGGAUCAAAAUUAGAGGAAUUAAAGAAAAUUAAUGCAGACAUACCAUGUAACAAGAAUAUUAAGAAAGAAGAUGUUUCUGAAUUAGAUAGCAAGUUUAGCAACAUUGAUUUAGGAACCAUAACAGUUUUAAUAAAAACAGAUUUGAUUGUAAAAAAGGAGCCUAUACAGGUAAUAUCUCCUGAGGGUGGAUUGAAAAAUUUCAAGAAAUUUAAAAAGGUUUGGCCCGUCAAAAUGCAAGUUACUGUUGUUCCACGGUCAUCCCUUAAUAUCAACAAGACUGAUUCAAAUGUAGUAGGGGAAACUACAGUUAAUUCCUAGAAGGAAAUAAACUGACAAUAUCAAUAUGCAAUUAAUGAAAAAAUUGUUAUGUACUCUGCAAUGAUUAUAAUUAUUAUUAAAAUAAACAAUCAAGAGACACAAUGUAUAGAAUAUUUCAUUUAUGUUAAAAUAAAGGAACAAAUUUUCUUAA